AUGCCGGCAUGGCUUUGGGCAUUGUACCUUGCCAGCUUCAGGCUGCUCGUGGUCCAAUGCAGCACCAGUGUGCUUAGCGACGAACCCUGGAGACCAACGGUUUCCAAGAGCAUCCAGAAAUCUGCGAAUCGCAGCAAGUGGCGGCACGCUGAGCACGUUCUACGCUGGCGACGCCGCCUGCAAGAAACGACGACCUUAUCAACACAGACAUUUCCAGGCUUCAAUACGAAGCGCUCGGAGCUGUGCGUGGGGCAGGGCCAGUCCGUUCUGCAGGAGGAGCGUCCGCUUUCUAGCACAAGUUUGAGCCUGUGCUCCUAUUGUCGAGGACCCGACAUCGAUCCGUGCAUCUAUGAUGUCUCGGAGUGUUUUGGAAUCUCGCAGGGCUCGUCCUGCAGGGUGCGCUGCAAGGCGCCUUAUCUUGGAGCGUCGUCGAUUGCGCUGUGUCCAGCCUCUGGAAUCUCGGGCGAGGAGGCGAACCUGAGCUUCCGGCUGCCGAAUUGCGUUGCGGCUUUGGAGCAAGACAAGGUAUCGUGCCCGAACCCGGCGACAAUCCCAUCCGGCUACCUUCAGGUGCAGGAGACGGGGCAGUGGACCUGCCGAGACGGUUAUUACGGGGAGGCGGUGAGAGAGUGCACUCUGCUACGGGUUGGCGACGCAUGCGUCCUGCAGGCUGUUUUCUCUGGCUGUUUGCCUCUUCUGCCAUGCCGUCGACCCGAUCCUGCCUCUGAUUUUCAAGAUGGUGUAUCUGACGUCCCUUCCUGUGGCUUCAACACCAGCGGCUGUGAAAACGUUCAGCCUGGCGCAUCGUGCCAGAUUCACUGUCAGGAGCCAUUUAUGGGCAACAGCGUUACUGCUGCGUGUCCCAGCACGAACACGGAUCCAGAUGCCCAGCUGAUCUACACUCGGCCGCAAUGCCAGAAACGUUGCCCCAGCUCAGCAAUACAGGAAGUGGGGCCUGGCUACAAUUACGACUUUGAUCGAGACCGCUGGUCCUGUGCAGAGGGCUUCACCGGCCAAGCCGUGAAGCUUUGUGAGAUCGACGACCAGUGCGGGCGGAACGUGAGCCUCACUGGCUGCGCGGAGCUUCGGCCCUGCCAAGCUCCAACGCUGGAUUCCUGCAGGUACGACUGGUCAAGUUGUGGCGAUUUGGCGCCUGGGACCAGCUGCCGAAUUGCUUGCCGCACGCCAUUCGAAGGUGAAGGCUUUCCGGCUACUUGCUGGGCCAACAACUCGGAUCCCAUGGCGCCCCUGUACUUCGAGGUGCCCUGGUGCAACUUGAACUGCCCUGACCCGCUUCCGCUGCCAGAGGGCUACACCAGGCAAGCGACGGGCUACAGAUGCGACGUGGGCUACACAGGCAUUGUGGAUCGAUCUUGCAGCGUUGUGCCAGAGGAUUGCUCAUGGGAGGUAACGAUGACUGGCUGCGACAAGCUUGUGAGCUGCAAGGCUCUGCCUGAGCCGGAGGACAGGUGUCAGUUCGACGUGGAGGACUGUCAGAGACCCGUCCCUUUGGGACAAAGCUGCGAAACUCGCUGCCGCGAGCCCUACAUCGGCCUGAGCUCGCAGAGCAAGUGCCCAACGAGGAACACGGAUCCCGAGAGGACUGUGGACUUUCUCCCGCCCAGCUGCGCAGUUCCAGAUUGCCCGGAGCCAGUGCCCCGUGGCUAUGCGAAGACGGAGAAUGGCUGGCAAUGUGCUCCGGGAUACGGGGGAACGGUGCUCAGCAGCUGCACAACAUGUGGGAGGCUGGUGCUUCGAGGCUGCACGCCGGCCAUUCCCUGCAAGCCGGUAGAAGUCGAGGACCCUUGCCGCUAUAACACCACAGACUGCUCCACCCCGAUCGGUGCUGGUGAGUCGUGCAUGAUUACCUGCGGCAAUGCCUACCAAGGGGAGCCGACGUUUGCGACAUGCCCUGCCGACAAUGUCGAUCCCGAGCGUCAAGCUGACAUCGAGCGCCUGCCUGGUUGCAGCCUCUACUGCGGGGAUCCAGACCCCCUACCCGAAGGUUACGGGAUGCAGGUUGACUUCGGGGGCGGGCGACGGUUCGAAUGUGCUGCUGGCUACAUCGGUCAAGCCGAGAGCGAAUGCCUGCUCCUGGAUGGUUGCACAACGACCUUGCAACUAUCAGGUUGCCUGCAGCUCCAGCCUUGCCUGCCUUUGCAGCUGCAGCUGCCUCAUUCCGACCGCUACGAGAUAGAAGGUUGUGACAGCGUCCAGCCGGGCCAGAGCUGCUUGGUCCGCUGCAGCGAUCCCUGGACGGGUGCAGAGGCUUUGGUCAGAUGCCCGGAAAACAACCUUGACCCGAACCAGCCACUGAUCGUGCCCGAGGACUGGUACCUGGACAGGCAUGGUGUCAUGUACAACAGCCUCUGGCCGCCGAAGUGCUCUUUACGAUGUGACUCGCUCAGCCCAGGCUACGAGAAGGUCCUCGGCGGCAGGUGGAGAUGCGCGCCUGGCUUCAUCGGGGAGGCCGUGACAAAGAGCUGCUGCCAGCGUGGCGCCUGUGACCAGGCAGUUUCCCUCGAGGGCUGCAGAGAGCUACUGCCGUGUACCAUCCCGGGCCUGGAUGCGUGCAAGUACGAUGUCAGUGACUGUGGAGGGUUUCAGCGCGGCACUAGCUGCGAGGUGAAGUGCCGGGCGCCCUUCAACGGUACCGCCCGCAUCAUGCACUGUCCGCAAAACAAUACAGAGCCUGAAGGAGGUCUCAUCGGGGAGUUGCCAGACUGUGAGAUCGAGGAGUGCAUGGAUCCUGUGCCAAUUCCUGCGAACUACGAGCCGAUCGAUGCAGCUGCAGGCCUGUGGAGUUGUGCUGCAGGCUACACAGGACUCGCUCAAAAGCAAUGUGUCGCCGAACUCACAGAAGAGCCGGAGAACAGGCUGAAGCAGGACCGCUACAACCAGUAUGGGAUGCUGCAGCCAGAGUGUGCUGUGCGAGGCUUCCUCGAGGGUUGCGUCGUAGCCGAGCCCUGUGCGCAAUUUGUCAUCGAGGACACUUGUAUGUUCGCUGCUUCAUCCUGCAACGCACAGAUCGUGGAGGGCCGUCUGGUGAUUGCAGCUCUCCAGCCGGGUGAAAGUUGCGAGGUGAGUUGCAAGGCGCCGUACCAGGCGCAGAGCAGCCUGGUGCAGUGUCCAUCGACGAACACAAACGUUACAACCCCUCCAGUCUGGACCCCGCCAGAAUGUGAGCUAGGUUGCCCAAAUGUGCCACCUCCUCCCGGCUAUGUCCAUGACUCUUUCGAUGGGUCACCAGAUUCAUGGGAUUGGAAUGCCACCGACGAGUUGGAGGUUGGCGACUGGACGUGUGCAGAAGGUUUCACAGGCAAUGCAUUGAGGACUUGUCGGCUGCUGAGCGGAUGUUCCAGUGAAACCAUUUUCAGCGGAUGCUCUAGGCUCCUUCCAUGCCGGCCAUUUCUGACACAAGCUUGCGGAGUGAACGACCCGAAGCUGCAGAUUCAGCUCAUGCUGCCUUUGGUGUGUAUGUCGGCGCUAAGUCAUGUGGGCGGUCCUUUCAUGGCCUCUUGCCCCGCGGAGAACACGCGACCUGGAAGGCAGCUCGACUUCGCAUCGGGGCCGCCCAUUUGUGAAAGGAUAUUUCCCGAGGGCGGUUGCUACGACCCAGUCCAGCCACCACCAGGCUACGUCCGGCCAAGCAACACGAGCAACUGGACCUGCGCGGAGGGCUUCGUGGGCUCUGCCCAGGAGGUCUGUGAACAGCCGACGGGCGACUGUGGCAGCGAGCUGCAGCUGCGGGGAUGCAUCGAGCAGCAGCCCUGCAAGCUUCUGGAGCUGGACAGCUGCUACUUCGAAGCCAUAGGCUGUGCAGGGCUCAUGGGUGGUGAGUCUUGUCAGAUCCACUGCCGUUCACCAUCGAUUGGCACGCCAGUAUGGGCAACGUGUCCUGUGGAAAAUGUGGACCCCGACCAGGAGCCCACAUUUACACCGCCAGUUUGCAGCAUCCCCGAUUGUGACCUCCCAGAUGAGUUUCCAGCGGGCUAUGAGAUGCAGGAGGACAUCCAGAACGGGACCAUUUUCUGCGCAGACAAGUUUGCCGGUCGGCCGGAGGUGACCUGUGUCUUCGAAGAGGACUGCAGCACCGGGGCUCGUUUGUCGGGCUGCCUGCCGCUACAAGCUUGUGCUGGCCCGGCGAGCCUCGACGCAUGCAGGCACAGCAUCAACCUCUGUCUGGACGGACCUUUGUUGGAUGUGCCUGGCGGUAAUGACGGCUUCCAGACGGUGAAGCCUGGCGGAGAGUGCCAAGUGAGCUGCCGUGGUCUUUUCGUUGGUACUGCAACGGUGGGAAGAUGUCCUCUGAACAACACCGACCCUUCGCAGCCACUGAUCUACGAUCCACCUCUGGCCUGCGAGUGUCCAGAUGAUCUGUCUCCAUGGCCAGAAGGCUACAAUCAAACCGGGGUUAUCAGCAACGACGGGCCCGAGCAGGAAGGCAGCUGGUACUGUGAAGAAGGCUAUGGUGGAGUUCCUCAGGUGUUGUGCGCCGUUGACGCUGGAUGCCAGCCGGAGCUCAUGUUUGAGGGAUGCGCAACUCUGCAAACAUGCAAGCCGAUGAACCUCACCGUUCCCCAAUGCCAGUAUGACAUCUCGAAUUGCACUUCGCGGCUGGAUGGGGGUGAGACCUGCGAGGUUCUUUGCAGGCUUCCAGCUGUUGGAGACGGUGUCGUUGCGUUUUGCCCCGACGACAACACAGUUCCUGAUCAAGAGCUGAUGGCGACAGAACUCGACCCUGUGACCGGAGCGACGAUCUAUCGGCCUUUUCAGUUUCCCUUAUGCGAGACUCCAUCAUUCUGCCCGGAUCCGGAUCCUCUACCUGAUGGCUAUGUCAGGACUGGAACAGAGGGCGGAGCAGCUGAGGAGAAUUAUGCGUGCGCCGAGGGCUAUUCCGCAUCACCGCGAGUCAAACGGACUUGUGUAAUGUCGAACAGCUCUGAGCCUCUGUCGGCGUGUUUGCUGGAGCCUCUCUUCGAAGGAUGCCCUCCCAUCGUGAACUGCAGUGGAAUUGACGAGCGCAUGAUCGACACUUGCCGAUACGACGUCUCCAAUUGUCCCGAAUUCUUCGAGCCAGGCAGCACAUGCGAGGUUUCCUGCCGAGAGCCCUUCUACAUCGGCACCGGCGCGGCUUUGGCGACCUGCCCCACCGACAACACAGACCCAGAGAAGCAGAUCGAGUUUCCUGCAGAUUUGGUAUGCACGAAGGCCUGCCCAGAGCCAGAUCCUGUGCCUGCGGGCUACGAGAAGGUGAACGGCGAAUGGCGAUGUGCAGCCGGUUACCUCGGGUCUGCUAUCGCCGAGUGCUUCGUCGACUCAAUCUUCAGCAGCAGCACAAGAGCAGUUGUCUGCGUGGGCCGUGUGGAGCUCACCGGCUGUGAUCCUAUGGCAUCUUGCCAGCCACCCACCUUAGAUCUGUGCAUCUACGACGUUUCAGACUGCAUCGAUGUGAUCGGCGGGACAAACUGCUCGAUUCGAUGCCGGAGCCCGCCCUAUGAGGGCACUCCGACGAAUGCUUCUUGUCUCUACGGGAAUCUCGAUCCUUUCCGCGUGGUAGACUUCGAGCCGCCCAGUUGUGAGCUGCGCUGUCCCGUGCAAGAGGUACUGCCAGAUGGCUACAACUACAGCAAUGGGAGCUAUGUCUGCCUUGACUCAUGGUUUGGGUCUGCAACUGCGGAGUGUGUCGCCAAUGAGGAGGACUGCUCAUUCGGCGUCGUUUUGUCAGGUUGUGGGCAGAGCUCGCCUUGUGUCGGUGUGAUGUCCAACACUACCGGCGGAUGCUAUUUUGAUGUCUCGCCUCAGGCUUGCUUGGCGGAGGACCCAACGUUCCCUCAGGCCAACUUCGGACGUGGCCCGGGAGGCAGCUGCACGGUGAGCUGCCGGCCCCCAUGCUCCGCUCCGGAAGGAGAGCAGACGUUGAUCUGUCCGGCUUCAAACCUCAAUGCGCAACUGCCGCUUCAGGGCAUUCUUCCAACCUGCUCCUUCGAUUGCGAUCCUACGGACCGAAAUGGGGGCUAUGUGAAGGGGGCCGACGGAGAGUGGCUUUGUGCUCAAGGUUUCGCCGGCGAGGUAGUCCAUCUUUGCAUGGCUGGUGAAGUCUGCGCGGAUCAGUUGACCCUCACUGGUUGCGCACCGCAGCAGCCAUGCCUACCACCAAUCAUCGAUGACACUCCGUGUAUCUUCGACGUCUCGGAGUGCGAAGGUGUUCCGGCUGGAGGGUCCUGCUUUGUGCGUUGUGCAGCGCCCUAUUACCUGGGCAGCAUCAGGCCUGCAUCUUGCUCUAUCAACAACACACGCGUUGACGGCCGUGCAGAGCUUUCCGUUCGACCAGUGUGCACUUGGAAUCCGGCGGAAUCCUGUCCUGAUCCGCCAGUUUCGCCGGCUGGCUACACUUUUGAUGACCAGACUGGUGUCUGGAUCUGCGCACCUGGUUAUGUGGGAACCGCUAUUCGGCAAUGCGCGCUGCGGCUCGCAAGCCCCAACUCCGCACAGUGCAUUCCGGAGGCGACCUUUCUCGGCUGCCUCCCUCUGACACCGUGCAUCGAGCCCAUUGUGAGGGACUGCACGUACAACACGACGGCAGCAGCGAACCUGACGCCUGGUUCGACCGGCCUGAUCUACUGCAAUGUCCCGUAUGAUGGAGUCCCCGGCAUCGCGCAAUGCCCGAUCGACAACAACCAAGAGGGCCAGGAGCCGCCGUAUGUGCUCCCUGAUUGCUUUCACGCAUGCCCACCAACAGCUGGAGAUCCUGUUCCGCCUGGUUUCAGCUGGCAGCCAGAACCGAAGGAAUGGGUCUGCGACAACGGCUACCGCAGCCCAGCCGAGGUGAACUGCACCACCAACAUCGCAUGCGAAUGGAAGCUCGACUUCGGUGGCUGCGAGAAGCUGGAGCCGUGUGCUGACUUGAACAUGACGAGCUGUGUGGUGGAUGGAGAUGCAUGCGUGGAUAUGAACUACGGGGACACAUGCACUCUGAGUUGCAGGGCGCCGUUCUUCGUGGGUGUCAGCACGAUCGCUUCCUGCCCCUCCGACAACAUCGAGAUGGGUCGCGAGCUCCAGUACACCCUCCCAAGCUGCGAGGUGACCUGUCCUGAUCCAGACACUCCACCGGCUGGCUAUCGGAAGGCCGGUACAGAGUUCGGUGUGUGGGAGUGUGCUGCUGGUUAUUCGGGGACAGCUGAGAAAAGCUGCCAUACGUCUUCGUACGAGGAUGGUUGCGUAACGAGCACCGUGCUCAGCGGAUGCUUGCUGAUCGUCCCAUGUAAGGCGCCGGAUCCCAGGACUCAGCCUCCCUGCUUCUACGACACCUCUUUGUGUCACUCCGUUCCGGCUGGAAGCAGCUGCACUAUUUCCUGUUUG